AGAACGGUGGCUGUCAUUCAAGAGUGAGUAGGUAGGAUAGAAUUUAUGUCAUUUUGGGAGGAGGUGACGUGACCGCCAUUGUUUCGAUUCUUUUCUUUUACAUCUUGGAACGUGGCCUUAAUAAUUUACGUUUUUUAAGGAAGUUAUAAUCAUUAUCUUUAAUUACAGAAAGAACUUUAAAGAAAUCUUACGACCCCUUGAGAUUGCUGCAUUUUUGUAAUAGUAUGUCAACAAUGAACCCAGAAUACGAUUAUUUGUUCAAACUCCUCCUAAUUGGAGAUUCCGGAGUUGGAAAAUCAUGUCUUCUCUUAAGAUUUGCUGACGACACUUACACUGAGAGUUAUAUAAGUACUAUUGGAGUGGACUUCAAAAUUCGGACAAUUGAACUCGAUGGUAAAACGAUAAAAUUACAAAUUUGGGAUACGGCGGGACAGGAGCGAUUUAGGACAAUAACUAGUUCUUACUAUCGGGGUGCCCAUGGUAUAAUUGUCGUUUAUGACUGUACGGAUCAAGAAACAUUCAAUAACGUUAAGCAGUGGCUCGAAGAAAUUGAACGUUAUGCCUGUGAUAAUGUAAACAAGCUUUUGGUCGGAAACAAAAGUGAUUUGCACACUAAGAAAGUUAUUGAAUUUGCAACAGCGAAGGAUUACGCAGAACAACUUGGCAUUCCGUUCCUGGAAACAUCCGCAAAAAAUGCCAUGAACGUAGAGCAAGCUUUCAUGACAAUGGCAGCAGAAAUUAAACAGCGAGUCGGUCCACCUUCAAGCGCUGUCAGCGAUACGGCAAGCAAACUUAAACUUGAUCAAGGUCGUUCUGUUGAAACUUCUGGAAUUCAAGGCUCGAAAUCUGGAUGCUGCUGAAACGCAAAUUUAUGUAUUAUGAUAAGAAGUAACAUCGUGAAACAUCAACGUUUUUGUAUGAAAUAUAUGCGUUUGAGAAGCGUUACAUUAAAAUCGACUAAAAAUGUCCGAUGCCGAAAAACACAAACAUCAACAAGGACCAUCAGUUUCUUAGUUGUACACAUUUUUUGUCCUUUCGAAAAUUUUUUGUAGUGGAGGAAGAAUGUAACUAUUAUAAUUAUAAUUAUUAUUAUUAUUAUAUCGCGUCUUGAUAUAGUACUGCUCUCCGGUCAUUUUCUAAAUUAGAAGCUGACCAGUUACGAGUGUGCGUUUAGGGACAAUUGUAGUUUAAUGAAUAAUUGAAAUUGUGUAUAAUUGUCAUGCGCGAGAUAACAGCAUCUCAAUUUCUUAGAAUAGGAAGAAAGUUAUGUAAUUAAAAUAUUUCUGUCCUAUUUGCUGUGAGGCUCACACAUGCGCUAUAUUAUUUUAUACUUAUCAUUAUUUGAGAAAAUAUCCUUUUUAUAUACGGUUUAUAAUUCUAUGAGAUUCAAUGAUUCUAUAUUGCUUUUUAAGUUUUGAUUUAUCAUUAAUUAUUAUUGAUGAUCUUUCAUUAAAUAGUUAUUGUGUAGUGUGAACCUCAAGGCACUUGCAAUAUUAAGCUAUUUAAGAAAUUGAAAAUCUUUGUAUGAAUUAAUCAUUAAUUAAGAACGUGUCAAAAGAUUUAUUCUCAAAAUUUGCUUCAAUCUAUUGCGUACAGAAUAUGAUUUUAGAAAACCUUUUUUUCUUUUAAAAAACAGUUCACGUAUCUAAUUUAAUAACCGAGUUCAAUUAUUUUUUAAAAAAUGUUUUAAUUACUACAGUUUACCUAUAAUUGUGUUUUAUCCAAGAAGGCUACACGGAGAGAAAAACAAGGCUUUUCCCCAUGAAAAAAUAUGCAUUUAACGCGUAAAAAUUAUCACAGUAAAAAUGCAGGACGCUCACGGGUUUUCCCUGUGAGAUUUUUGCAACGAGCUAAGGCCAAUAAGGGCUAAGGCAUGGCCUAACCGCUAAACGCAAGAAAUUCAUCGGGAAAUCCGGUGAAACUGCUACCUGAAAAAGGCAUGAAUUGAAGUAACGGGGAAAAGCCUUGUUUUUUCUCUCCGUGUAGACACAGGAGGUGAAACUUCGGUAGUGGGGAUGAGUCAAGACCCUUUCUUUAACCAGGUGUUUUUCGUUUCGAGAAGCCGUCGGCGCGGUGCUUCUGCACAUCACUCACACAUUCAAAUUCUUCUAUUGAUUAUUAAAUUAAGUGUUAUUCAAAUAGUUGAAAAUUCCGAAAAUGUGCUGUGUGAAAAGAUGUAACAAGAAGAAAGAUAAACACAACACUAUGACUAUUACUUUUUGUUAACUUUUAAUACACUUCAUGCUACAGUUUACACAUUUUUUUGUUUUUAAAACGUUUUUUUAAUAACUAAAAGAUGUUUGAAAAUAUAAACACUUAUAUUUCAUAUUAUAUUUUUAUAGAAUAUAUUUUCCCGUGUUUACGUGUGUUAGAUGCGCACAAGUCCAUGUGGUCUAUUGCGGCGAAAACUUUUUUUGAAAGUAAACGCCUGACCAUAAACCAGCUGAGCGACUCAGCAUUGGCAUACCCUCACUACCGAAGUUUAACCUCCUGUCUCUAGUCUUCUUGGUUUUAUCUUAUUGAAUUUGAAACCUACAAAUAUUUUCAAAAUUUAUGAUUAAUUUUCUCAUGAAAAAGAAAUUGAAACGAAAGAAAAAUCAAUUUAAAUUUGAAAUAUUAAUUUUAAAUAAAAGAAAUUUAAUUUUUGUAAUUAAACAUGUAAAGAAUUAGAAAUAACUCAUGACACUGAUUUCGUGAGAAAUAUUUUACAUCUCUAUAAACAUAAAUACCUUUGGAAUGGUAAUCUUUUGUAUUUAUAAUUAUUUUUUAAAUAAUAAUUCUUCUUCACUUUUUUCAUGACAGAAUUGAAAUAUUUUUUAUUAUAAACUUUUUUUAAUAAAUUUUCUUUUUUAAUUUAUGAAUGGGACAUAUAAAAACUAGUUUGCAAUGGGUUUUUUAUGACGUGCCCUUGAUGUAUGUGAAACUGCGAUCUCUUGUAGAAGACAGUAUACUUUCUUGUAUUACAGUAUGGUAAUAUAGUACACAUUAAUAAAAUUAAUAAAGCAAGUGAACAAUUCAAGUCAUGUA